AUGGAAUUGAGGAACUCAAGUGACCAAAAUAUACUCCAUGUUGCAGCAAGAUGUGUCGAGGACAAUCUUGUCAAAUAUUUUAUCAAGAAGGUUGAGUUUCAAAUGUUGAUCAACCAAAAAGACAACAGAGGAAAUACCCCUUUGCACUUGGCAAAGAUGUACCAUCAUCCCAAGGUUGUGGACCUUUUCACUUUCGAUAGAAGGACCAACUUAAAGGUCUUGAAUGAUAGGGGCAUGACAUCUCUUGACAUUAGAGAAAGAGCUUUGGAAACUAGUGCAUCAUAUCAUGGGGGUACGUGGUUGAUUGUAGCUGAAGAGGAUGGAGCAGAGGAGAAUGCAACUGAUGAGGUGGUGGCAAACGUCACGGAUGAGGCGGAUGGAGCUACUGAGAGCAUGGCUGAUCAGACGGAUGCUGAAGAGGCUGCAGAUCAGGGAUCUCUGGCCAGCGUCUCAUAA